AAGUUUACCCAGACACUCACCCACAAUAUUCUUACCAAUACGGAGUUCAAGAUGCUAUAACCGGUGAUGUCAAGAACCAACACGAAGAACGUGAUGGUGAUGUUGUCAAGGGAUAUUACACCUUGGUGCAACCUGAUGGUGUUACCCGAACCGUCCACUACUCUGCUGAUGCCCAAAACGGUUUCAACGCUGAAGUCGAAUACAAGGGAGAACCAAUCGUCCAAAAGGCCGUCGUUGCCAAAGCCAUCAUCCCUACCAAGACCAUCGUAGCUGCUCCAAGAGAGUAUUUUACUAAACAGUAUCGAAUUGUAUCACAAGCAUACAACAUGUUCGCUAAGAUUUUGGCUGUUUCUGCUUUGAUAGCUUGCGCUCAAGCUGGAGUUUUCGAACUUGGACAUGGACACCAUGCCACUUCCUACUCCUCCCUCAGCGAUGCUCCAGUAACUCACUACGCUUCUGCCCCAGUUGCUGCUCACUACGCCGCCCCAGUUGCCGCUUACCACCAUGCCCCAGCCGUAGUUAAGACCGUCACCCAUCCACAAUAUUCUUACCAAUACGGAGUCCAAGACGCUCAUACCGGUGAUGUCAAGAACCAACAUGAAGAACGUGACGGAGAUAUUGUAAAGGGAUACUACACUUUAGUCCAACCUGAUGGUGUCACCCGUACCGUUCACUACUCUGCUGACUCCCACAACGGAUUCAACGCUGAAGUAGAAUACAAAGGAGAACCAAUUGUCCAAAAAGCUGUUGUAGCCAAGACCAUCGUUGCUGCUGCUCCAGUAUACAAAGCCUACCAUCAUUAA